UACGCCCAUUGACGUCGCCCAAGCGGGAAGCGAUGUAGUGUAGUGGAUUACAGUUUCCACUAGUUACCACAGCCACAAAGUCAAAAUGGGCUAUAUCGUAGAAAUUCUUGAAAACUAAAAUUAGAUUUUUGGUCUUAAUUUAAGGUUAGUCAUCAAGUUAGUAGUGUGGUUAAGGUUAGGUUUAAAAUCACAUUAAGAAGAUACUUUUUAGAAAUGGGUGGGGUUUAUGACUUUGUGGCUGUGCUGACGACAGUGAACGACUGAUAGCUAGCGAGCAUCUACUGAAAAAAAUACACAAUCGUGAACGCUCAACUAAUGUCGGUACCAAAGUAAAACAAGCGAUCAAAUAACGUCAGCUUGCUUCACCUUGAUAAUCGAUGUGCGAGCCACAUCACCUGCCAACCGGUUGAAUCGUUGCAUGCACUGACAGCUGUCAGCGAAAUGGAACAUAUCCGAACGCCAAAGGUGGAGCAGGUGCGUCUGUUGGACCGCUUCAGUAACAAGUCCACCAGCGGGACGCUGCACCUGACCGCCACACAUCUCAUCUUUGUGGAGAGCAAUGCCGCUGCCACCAACACUGCACAGGAGAUCUGGAUCCUACACCACCACAUAGCGUCAGUGGAGAAGCUGUCGUUGACCACCAGCGGUUGUCCUCUGGUCAUCCAGUGUCGUAACUUCAGAGUGGUCCACUUUGUAGUCCAGAGAGAGAGAGACUGUCACGACGUCUACAGCUCACUGCUCAGAUUGCUACGACCAGUAUCCUAUGAGGAGCUCUAUGCGUUCUCCUACAACCCCAAGCAGAACGAGCAGCAGCGAGAGGAGGGCUGGCAGCUCAUCGAUCUGGGGGCGGAGUUUGAGAGGAUGGGCGUACCCUGCGACCGAUGGCAGCUCACUGACGUCAACAGGGACUACAAGAUAUGUGAGACGUAUCCCAGGGACCUGUAUGUGCCCAUUACAGCCAGUAAGCCCAUCAUCGUUGGCAGCUCCAAGUUCAGGAGCAAAGGACGCUUUCCUGUCCUCACAUACUUCUACCAGGAGAAGAAGGCAGCAGUAUGUCGGUGCAGCCAGCCUCUCUCUGGGUUCAGUGCACGAUGCCUGGAGGACGAGAGCAUGUUGCAGGCCAUCAGCAAAGCCAAUCACAACAGCCGAUUUGUCUAUGUCAUGGAUACCAGGCCCAAGUUGAAUGCCAUGGCUAACAGAGCAGCAGGUAAAGGCUAUGAGAAUGAAGAUAACUACUCCAACAUCCGCUUCCAGUUUGUGGGCAUUGAGAACAUCCACGUGAUGAGGACCAGCCUACAGAAACUACUGGAAGUGGUGGGAAGUCGUUUUCUGUCAGUGAAUGACUACCUGCUGGGCUUGGAGAGCUGUGGUUGGCUACGGCACGUCAAAGCUGUGGUAGAUGCAGCCAUCUUCCUCACCAAGGCAGUGACAGUAGAAGGAGCCAGUGUGCUGGUCCACUGUUCAGACGGCUGGGAUCGGACAGCCCAAGUCUGCUCUCUGGGAGCCCUGCUCAUGGACCCCUACUACCGCACCAUCAAAGGCUUCAUGGUCCUCAUAGAGAAAGACUGGAUCUCAUUUGGACACAAGUUUGCAGACAGGUGUGACCAGUUGGAUGGAGACCCCAAGGAGGUGUCCCCCGUCUUCACACAGUUCCUGGAGUGUGUGUGGCAGCUCACCGAGCAGUUUCCCCAGGCAUUUGAGUUCAGUGAGUGGCUGCUGCUGCAGAUCCAUGAACAUGUUCACUCCUGUCAGUACGGAAACUUCCUGGCUAACAACCAGAGACUGAGAGAAGAGCUGCAACUUAGAGACAGAACUCACUCUCUGUGGGCGUUUCUGUUGAGUGAGCAGCAGAACUACCUAAACCCCGCCUACUGCCCCGCUUAUGCAGAGACACACCCCGUCCUCGAACCCUCCACCCUGCCCUGCCACUUCAAGUUUUGGAGGAAUAUGUACCACCAGUUUGAUCGGUCCAUGCACCCCCGUCAGUCUGUCCUGAAGAAUGUUCUCACCUUGAAGGAGAGCAACUGCCAACUGGAAGACACAAUAAAAGAACUGGAGGCUAGGCUACAGAAGCAUGGCAUCAGCCCCCCCACCCCGGACCCCCAGGCCCCCCCUAGAGACCAACGCACCCUCCCCACACGCCCCCACUCCCUCAUCCUGGGAGCCCCCCUCAGCCGGAAGGAGGUGCAGCGACCGCAGCAGGAGGAGGUGGGAGAGGAGGUGACCGAGUGCUGCAGUGACACAGAGCGGACAGUAGAGGGCAGCAGCGGUACAGAGCGCAAGGAGAGCUACGGCGACCUGCAGGGGACAUACGGGGCCAAGGCCGAGCCAGCUGUGGUCAGCCUGGAGUUUGGAGUGGCCCGCAUGACCUGCUGAGGCAUUGUGGGAUACUGGAGGAGGAGGGGUGAUUGGACUGGAAUGGAGGGAGGAGGGAUGGAAAGAGGGUGAGAGAUGGGGUCACUAAAGGAUGAGUGAGUGUGUGAGUGUGUGUGUGUGUGUGCCUGCGUGCGUGCGUUUGUGUGUGUUGGUGUGAAUGUGUGUAGGUGUGAAAGCGUGUGUGUGUUGUGUUUAGCCUAUUCCUAUGUAGGCAGAUGAAGGGGUACUGUAUGUCUGUAUUGUAAAUCUUUGUGGAAAGCGGCAUUUACUGCACUUAAAGUCUUGUUUUUAUGAAUGUUGAAAAGCACUAAAGAGAAUAAAUGACUAUGAAUCAUGAA